ACCUGCGGCCUUCCGAUUCAGUCGCCAGCCGACACCGCAGCUUUCGCACCUCCGCACCGAGACUCCGUCCCCGCCGCCGCUACUGCAAGGAAGCGCAGCAUGGUGGCCAAGAACAACCCCACCGUGCAGGGCAUCGACAACUACGCCCUCGACAUCGUCAUCAAGAACGACGAGUUGCCUCCCAAGGAUGCCAGCGUCGGCAAUAGCGUGGAUGACCUCAAGACGCUGGGAGGCGACGCGACGCGCAUCGGCGAGUCGCAGGCGGCGCUCACGGAGGCCGACGGGGACCACAUCGUCGCUUCGCACCCCACAUCGUACCUCGAGACGAUGAUCCACCUGCUGAAGGGCAACGUCGGCUCCGGCAUGUUCGCCAUGGGCGACGCCUUCAAGAACGCCGGCUUGGCCCUGGGCACGGUGGCCACCAUCUUCCUCGGCGUCAUCUGUGUGCACAGCCAGCACCUGCUGCUGUCGGCGUCGCAGGAGAUGGCGGUGCGGACAAAAACCACGCGCCUGCCGCACUUUGCUGAGACGGUGGAACAGUGCUUCCAGACGGGGCCGCAGCGCCUCCGAAGGUACGCCGCCUUAUCCAGGUGGAUCGUGGACGUGUUCCUGUGCAUCACACAGUUAGGAUUCUGCUGUGUGUACUUCGUUUUCAUUGCAGAUAGCAUCAAACAGGUGGCGGACCAGUACGGGGCGUACCUGGACUCGCACCUGCACAUGGCGCUGGCGUUCGUGCCGAUCCUGCUGAGCUGCUGGAUCCGGUCGCUCAAGUUCCUGGUGCCGGUGUCGCUGCUGGCCAACGUGCUCACCGUGGCCGGCCUCAUCGCCACGCUGUACUGCCUCUCCCUCGAACUGCCCAGCCCCUCGGAGCGGCAACUCGCCGUCUUCAGCUGGUCGCAGCUGCCGCUCUUCAUCGGCACCGCCAUCUACGCCUUUGAAGGGAUUGGUCUCGUGCUUCCGCUGCAGGAGCAGAUGAAAAAGCCCCAGCAGUUCACCAGCCCGCUGGGAGUCCUCAACGUGGGCAUGAGCGUCGUCUGCUCCCUCUUUGUCAUCACUGGCUUCCUGGGCUACCUGAAGUACGGAGACGAUGUCAAGGGAUCCAUCACCCUCAACCUGCCGCCCGAUCAAAUCCUGUCGCAGGUGAUCAAGGUGGUGAUCGCGCUGGGCAUCCUGUUCUCGUACGCGCUGCAGAUGUACGUGCCGGCGAGGAUCAUCUGGCCCGGCAUCGUCAGCCGCUGGGGACCCUUCAGGCGGCCGGCGCUCGUCGAGACGGCCUUCCGGACCGCCCUCGUCACUCUCACCUUCGUGCUGGCCGAGGUGGUGCCCAACCUGAGCGUGUUCAUCUCGCUGAUCGGAGCCGUCUCGUCGUGCACCUUGGCCCUGCUGAUACCGCCCGUCAUCGACGUGGUCUACCGCUGGGAGUACGGCAUCUCCUGGCCACUCGUCAUCAAGGACGGCUUCAUCUUCUUCGUCGGCGUCGUCUCCUUCUUGACGGGCACCUACGCCAGCGUCGUCUCCAUGGUCCAGCAGCUCUUCUGAGGCAGACGGCGGAGCUUGCCUCGGCGGAAGGUCGCUCCCCUGGCAGUCUGGAAGGCGCCACCCGGCCUGCUAACAGAAAGCUGGUGUCUCACUUCCCCACGGCCUCCCACAGAGCCCAGUGCCGCACUUACAGAUAUUCGGAGGGCUGUUCACCCAGCCACUUGUGCUGUGUAUUCUGAACGGAACUCGAUGUACAGUCUCGACAGACUCUCCGUUUCGCACGGUAUGGCGGCCACCAAAAUAUCAAAUUCUGAGAAGAACACUUGGCUCAUAGAUGUAGUGUGCUUUAAGUAUGUUUCUCGUCUUCCCGAGAGGUCGAUCUCGUGGCAUCUGACAUUGCUUGCCGUUCCACCCAGUUGGGAGGACAACUCGUUCGUGGUGCGACCAUUGACCAGGUCUCGACCCAGGCUGUAGCCUGAAAGGGCUCUUAAUGACGAAGUGGACACUUUACACCUGAGACUGGUUUCAAUAUAAUGCACAAUACGAAAAAUAUUCACGGGUAUAUGAAAACAUAUCAUUUCGUGAUGCAGUUUUACCAUUCUCAUUUCCGUCCGAAAAUGUACAUAGCCAAAUCGCGACAAGAUAAUUUUUCAGUCGUUAAAUAUCUGUGGGGUCUUAUUGAACCGAUAUACUGUGCUAAGAUACACAAUUGAUAGAUAUUUUUCCGUAUUUUCCUGCGCGGGGGUGCGCAACCUGUUCACAGUACAGGAGACUUCAAAAAGAAAGAGCACAUUUUAAGAUUUUAUUCUGAACAAAGAACCCACGAUAGAUAGUGCUUACGAAUACACUGCCAUAAGACUAUCUAAAUCUUUGUUCCUACUGUGUUUCUAUGCAUGUUAUAUGCAAUGUACGUGUUUAGCAUAAACAUCAUUACAUCACUACACCAUUUGAAUCCAUUCAUAUACCGGGUGAUCAAAAAGUCAGUAUAAAUUUGAAAACUGAAUAAAUCACGGAAUAAUGUAGAUAGAGAGGUACAAAUUGACACACAUGCUUGGAAUGACAUGGAGUUUUAUUAGA